AGAGCUGGUGUUACAUACUGCACUGGGUAUUCCAUGCUACCUAGGUAUCUCAAGAAUGGACUAUCCUGGUUAUUCUCAAAGCCAACAGUGCGGAGCCGAAAGCUCUAAUGAGUCGGGCGGUAUGUCGAGAUCUUUUCCAUAUUAUGUUCAGUGCUUCCUAUUUCUGUUAUUCAAACCCGCAGUAUUAGUGUCAUGUACUCGAGUCAAAAGAAGUGUCAAAUACCACUGUCCAAGUUACUACUAGUAUGGAUGUGCGAAGAAAAAAA